AUGGCACCUGUUGAUAUAGCCGGCCCAAUAGCAAAAGAUGGUACCUUACAGAAGAAACCAAUUAGUUUUGUGAAUCUUGCUGUUGGUGCUGGUUUGAAUAUGUUCGAAGUGUCUACCCUUGGGCAACCAUUUGAAGUUACUAAAACACAUUUGGCUGCUAACCGUAAUGAUGGUAUUUUUACUGCAUUGAAGAAAACUUAUAAAAGAGGUGGGAUUUUAGGGUUUUAUCAAGGGUUAAUACCUUGGGCAUGGAUUGAAGCCAGCACGAAGGGUGCAGCACUUAUAUUUACUGCAAGUGAAGUUGAAUACAGUACACGAGUAGCUGGUGCACCUCCAUUUUUGGCUGGUAUUUUGGGUGGUAUGGCUGGAGGUUUAGCACAAGCAUAUACCACAAUGGGGUUUUGUACAUUUAUGAAAACUGUUGAGGUCACUCGACACAAAGCACCUGCUGAUCAACCAGUCUCUACAUUAAAAGUCGCAGCUGAUAUUUGGAAAAAGGAGGGUAUUCGUGGUAUAAAUAAAGGUGUUAAUGCUGUAGCUCUAAGACAAUGCACAAAUUGGGCUAGUAGAUUUGGAUUAACAAGAUUAAGUGAAACUGCCAUUAGGAGAUUACGAGAUGGUGAGGUUGUUGAUCAUUCUAGACCAUUGUCACCCAUUCAAAAAAUUUUAGCAAGUGCCCUUGGUGGUGGUUUGUCCUGUUGGAAUCAACCAAUUGAAGUUAUUCGUGUGGAAAUGCAAUCUCAAGUACAAACACCAGGACGUCCCAAAAAUAUGACAAUUGUAACAUGUGCUAAAUACAUUUAUCAAAAUAAUGGAUUGAAAGGGUUUUAUCGUGGUGUAACUCCUAGAAUUGGACUUGGAAUUUGGCAAACAAUCUGUAUGGUAUUUGGUGGUGAUUAUGUCAAGCAAGAAAUUCAAGAAAAGUUUGUUGAAGAAUAUAAUUGCGGCUAUACAGCCAUUGAAAAAUUAGAGGUGGAAUUGAAACGGGCUCAACAACUAAAAUUAUUUGGUGAAUUUCGUACUGGAAAAAGUCAAUUAUACGCUUGUUAUGUUGGUGAAUUGGCUGCACGUCAAAUGCAUUUAGCAAAAUUCUUACUAUCUCUUCAACGUUUGGCUGAUGAACUAUGUCUACCGGAAGCUGAAGCAACAUUUGCUAUCGGUAAAGAUGAAAUUGAGGAUGCUAAAGAUUAA